AUGUCUCUGGGAUGGGAGGAUCUCUCCUGCUCCGUCUGCCACGACGUCUUCAAGGACCCGGUGGUUCUGUCCUGUAGCCACAGCUUCUGUAGAGACUGUCUGAAGGGAUGGUGGAGAGAGCAGCAACUACAGGAGUGUCCCGUCUGCAGGAGGAGGUCCUCGAGGAGUAAACCAACUUGUAACCUGGUUUUAAAGAACCUGUGUGAGUCCUUCUUACUGCAGAGAGAGCAGAGAGCUUCCGGGUUGUUCUGCAGUCUGCACUCUGAGGAACUCAAACUCUUCUGUCUGGACCACCAGCAGCCGGUGUGUCUGGUCUGCAGAGAUUCAGGGAGACACACCGACCACAGAUUCAGACCCAUCGGUGAAGUUGCACAAGGUCUCAAAAAGGAGCUCCAGAAAUCUCUGAAGCCCUUAAAGGAGAAACUGAAGGUGUUCGAACAAGUCAAAGUGAAGUCUGACCUGACAGCAAAGCACAGGAAGGUCCAGGCCCGCCGAGCAGAGAGCCAGAUCAAGGAUCAGUUUAAGAAGCUUCACCGGUUUCUAGAGGAGGACGAGGAGGCCAGGUUGGCUGCACUGAGGGAGGAAGAGGAGCAGAAGAGUGGGGCGAUGAAGGAGAAGAUGGAGGCCCUGAGCAGAGAGAUCGCAGCUCUCUCAGACACAGUCCGAGCCACAGAGGACGAGCUGAGAGCCCAAGACGUCUCGUUCCUCAACGCCUACAAGGCUGCAGUGGAAAGAGUCCAGCGGCGCCCCCUGCUGGAGGAUCCACAGCUGCUCUCAGGAGCUCUGAUGGACGAGGCCCAACACCUGGGCAACCUGCCCUUCAACAUCUGGGACAGCAUGAAGGACCUGGUCUCCUACACUCCCGUGGUUCUGGACCCCAACACCGCUCAUCCAGAACUCGUCCUGUCUGCAGACCUGACCACCGUGACAUGCGGACCGAGACAGAAGCUUCCGGAUAACCCCGAGAGGUUUGAUAGUUAUUGUAUCGUCCUGGGCUCCGAGGGCUUCGACUCGGGGAUCCACAGCUGGGCCGUGGACCUCCGAGGAAAUCCGGAAUGGUUUGUGGGCGUGGCCGCAGAAUCCGUCCAAAGGAAAGGAGGCAUAAAGUCCGGAUUGUGCCGGAUGGGUUUCCAUGACGACGGGUACACGGCGGUCUGUCCGUCACGUCCACAGACCAUCGUCACGGUGACGGAGAGGCCCCGGAGGAUCCGGGUCCGUCUGGACUGGAGCCGGGGGGAGCUGUCGUUCUGCCACGCCGACACCGACACACACAUCCACACCCUCACACACACCUUCAGCCAGAGGGUGUUUCCAUACUUUAACAUCUGGAAUCAAGUCCCGCUGCAGAUAAUGCAGGAAGAGAUCCACGUCUCCAGAGGAAAGAGAUGAUUAUGAAUGAUGAGCAGAGUCUCGGGAACGUAUAUACAUAACAAUAGAAGUGUUUUUUUAAUCGUUAUCAUCUCUUUGUUUUUGUAUUUGUGUCAAACCGAUGACUGUUAAUCCAGUUUGACACUUUCAUAAAGUGUCAAAAGUUAAAAGAGAUUUUACAAUGUGUCUGUUUUAUAAAUCUUAUCAAGUUUUUAUUACUUCAUUCACAUGAAAAGUCACUCAGUCGGAUAAAUGUGGUGUGAAAGUACAAUAUUUAGUUGAGUAGAAGUAUAACGAAUGUGAAUACUUGAGGAUCUCAGGUGAAUAAACUUAGUGAAUGAAACACGUGAAUGUAGAAGAAGCUUUUGAUUGAAUCUCAGAGUUGAUGCUUGUCGCUAAAUAUUGACUAAAGAUUUAUAGAUUGAAGCGUGUGGUCAGUCUGCUGUUAUUGCAUCAUAUGACCACGA